AUGGGGCCCAUCCCCACGUACGUGCUGUCUUCAGAGCUGCAAAUGUUGAGAGAUGAACUAGUAGCUGGUGGGGUUGACGUGAUUCUGCUAGAUACUUGGUACAAGAAGGAUUCGAAUGCUGUACCCCCAGUAUCCGUACUGCAGCCGAUAUCUUCUAUAUUGAUCAAUUUUAAUAACAAGAGAGUUCCAAAAUUGCAAGCGGAGGACCAGGCGAUCUGGUGGGACACUUUGGGAAAGAUGCAAAAGCUGUUCCGGAAAGCAUCUUCCCAGUUGUACAACUCUGGGAAAAUAGACAAGGACACGAUGCAUAACUACUUUAUGUCUGUAACCGAACGAGAAGUGAUCAAUGGAAUUCUCAACGUGAAAAACACAAAGAACCACUGCCUGGCGUACGUCCGGUACAUAAACAACAUCAACCUUCAGAAUUUGAAGAAGGCCAGCAACUUCGUGGACAUCGUCAAUAGAAGUUUGGAUGGAGAGGCUUCGAAACUCCUCGCUGAUCUGAGGGACGUCCGCCUGCCUAAUAAGAUUGAGACUACUAAUAUUCAGAAGUACACUGUGGAGUGGAUCGGGAGAGAGGGUCUGGACACGGAAACCCACAGCGAAUACCUCAACCAUUUCAUCGCCCACUUCUACAAGAAUAUCAUCAAGCUUGUCGACAGAGCAAUGCGCAAAGAAGACAGCAGCGCCCAGGGUCAGAUCGUGACGGAGAUACUGCAACAUCUCCACGCGUGCAACAACUCCGUGAAGGUGUUCCAUGGGAGGGAGGAAGAUCUGAACUACAUCGAGAAUUACAUGAAGAAUAGCUCUGAUAAACCGCUAGUACUUUAUGGGGAAGGCGGUUGCGGCAAGACCAGCCUUCUAGCGAAGAGCGCCGCCAUGUCUCUGAACACGUGGUUCGCCGAAGCUCGCCCGACGAACAUCAUCAGGUUCCUGGGGACAACUCCUGACUCCAGUGCUCUUACCCCCACACUUAUUUCUAUUUGUCAACAGAUAUCCUACAACUUCGCCUUACCGUUCGAGAGCAUUCCAGACGACCUGGUACCUUUGACGGCACACUUUAAGCAGCUACUGACAAUGGCCACCCAACAGCAACCGCUGCUUUUAUUCCUUGACUCCGUAGACCAGCUCACCGGCAUCGGCACCGAGAAUAACAAGGUGUCUUGGCUUCCGACGAGAUUGCCUCCUCACUGUAAGAUUAUAGUGACCUGUGCAUGUGAAGAAACAAAUCCAGAGGUGUCCAAAGAAUACGAUGUGUUACGUCGCAUGAUCGACUCAGAAGAUAACUUUCUAGAAGUAAAGGCUCUUGGAGAAGACCUGGCUAUGCAAGUUUUGAAGUUAUGGAUGGCAUCAGCUGCUAGAGAUUUAAGCAAUUACCAGUGGCGUUUAGUAUCUAAUGCUAUUGGACAGUGCUCUUUGCCGAUUUUCGUCAAGCUAGUAUUUGCUGAGGUAUGCAGGUGGAGGAGUUACACCAAGCCUCAGGAUACACAUCUUGCGUCCACUGUCAUGGACUCCAUCAUGAUGCUUUUUGAAAGAAUUGAAAAACAGCACGGUCGACUUCUGGUGUUCCAUGCUCUAGCCUACAUCACAGCUGCUCGCAGUGGUCUCUCGGAGACAGAACUUGAAGACCUCAUAUCCCUGGACGAUCGGGUCUUAGAUGAUGUUUAUCAGUACCAUUUACCACCAGUCAGAAGGAUACCCCCAUUGUUAUGGACUAGGAUCCGCAACGACCUUCCCAACUACCUCUCAGAGAGGGAGGCGGACGGCGUCUCCGUGAUGAACUGGUACCACAGGCAGUUCCGGGACACGGCGCGCGAGAGAUACUUCAAGAACAUGAACAUGGCCAUGUACUUCCAUUCUAUGAUCGCUGAUUACUAUCUUGGUAUCUGGGGCGGCGGAAUUCCCAAACCGUUCAAGUAUACAGAGAUCCAGCGGCACAGGUUCAACCUGGCUGACAGGGAAGGAGUCGCUGACAGGAAGGUUCCCCUGCAGCCUCUGGUAUUCACAUCUGCUGACGGUUCUUCUAAGAGAUAUAAUUUGAGGAAGUUUGGCGAGCUUCCAUUCCACCUGGUGCGUUCCAAACGCUUCACGGACUUGUACGCGGAAGUUCUGUUCAACUACGAGUGGCUUCACGCGAAGCUCAACUGCUGCCCUCUACAAGCGGUCCUCGCUGACUUCGAAGACGCCAAACUUCAUGUUAACAAGGAUGCCGUGAGAGAGCUGAUGUUAGUAGCUGACGCUCUCCGUCUCGGAGGCGCUAUCCUCGGCACGUACCCUGACAUGCUGGCCCCGCAGCUGGUCGGCAGACUCCUUCCAGAAGCUCCUCAUAACCCUGCAGUAGCGUCCUUGCUGAAGCAGUGUCAUGAUAAAGGGAAGAACCACUGCGCACUGCUACCUUCACAUCAUUGCUUGCAUACUCCUGGUGGACCAUUGAAGUAUUCUUUAGAAGGGCACCAGUUCGCAGUCUUCGCGUUCCGUCUGAGUUCAGACAAGCGAUACGUGGUGUCCAUCUCCAGUCGUGUGAUAUCCUGGGAUCUAUCCACGUCGGACCUUGCGCGAGACCUUUGUCCCCAACUGGAGGGGAUCAUGCAGAACUUGGAGCUAUCUCCUGAUAAUAAAUGGGCUGCAGCAUCUACCAAUAACUCUGUGUCCAUGCUUCUCAAUACCUUGACAAACGAAUAUAUUACAAUCGACAAUCCUCUAGAAGAAGGAGAAACAGUCCGAGGAGUGAACGUCCUAAACCACCACAUGUUCAUCUACGGGCCCAAGUCCUGGGUGCAGUACGAUAUGCGGGGGGAACUGGAGAGGACUGUACCAGCGCCAGACACCGCGCCCUACGACGAUGUUACGUGGGAGAUACUCUCAAUUGAGUUGCGAGACCUCGACAACUUCUACAUCGUCAUGUGGAGUGGAGACUUGGACGAGGAUCGUCUGCUGAUGCAGUUCUGCAAGCAGGGUGUGUGGAUGAAGCCACUUCGAUGCAGAGGCGCGCUGGCCAUGAACAAGAAUUGGACUAAAGUGUACUCCAGUGAUCCUGAAAGGGGUUACCAGGUAUCAGUGUUCGAACUAAAUGAAGAAGACUCGAGCUGGAACAGAGUGCAAGAGCUUUAUCAUCGCGAGACUGAUACAGCAGAAGCUAUGCUGCAGCUCAAACGAGGAAAGAAGGAUCGGAUGUUGCUUGCAACAACCACCUACAGUUUUGUGGUUUGGGACUUUGAUAAUGUGAUUCCUAGAGGCAACCAUGAGAUCGAAACUAAAAAGAAAAAAGGAGAUGACGAUAAGAAAGAAGAAGAAGAAGAGGAAAAAGUAGAUGACGAACCAGAGAAAGACCUUUCUCUUCACGGCAUUGUAUUAAAAUUGCCUCAUACUAUCCGUAACAUAUCUACUAAAAUGACUCAGUCUAACUCCUUCAUGAUCAGUAAUAACAAUACUUACGCUGUGGCUGGUGUCAGAAAAAACCUCUACGUCUGGAGCUUGGAAACCACAAAGCUGAUCAAGAUACUAGAUGCGCAUUUCGGAAGGAUAGUUCAAUUAGAACCACUGACUGUUGGCUCUUGGAACAACGUGAUCACGUCAUCAAUAGACAGGACUGUGAAGAUUUGGAACAUUGACAACAUUUUCGAACAGGUCCACAAGAUUGACCGCCAGGAAUUGCCUAUUGAUUCUAUCAGCCUAGCUCGUGACAAAUUCCUAGCAGUAACAGUAACGCGCAGCUGCUGGGGUUUAUGGGACACCAGCACUGGUAAACUCCUGGCUCAGCUAGCAGACGCUCCUCUUGGAGCUAUUGUCACCCACGCAGUCAUCACGCCUACUGGUGACAACGUGGUCACUGCGGAGUCAGGCAAUGUUGUGAUAUGGGAUACUCCAGAAAAACAGGUGAUAUAUAAGGAGGAACAGAAAGGUGUAAAGCAAGUGCUACUUCUAGAAGAUGGUACGAAAUUCAUUACCAUCUCGAUGCAAGUGCCUCCAGACAACGUUGACAAUCUGGCUGUCGCGCACAUAAUCGCCAGAACUAUACCUGAAGGCGACAGAAUCUACACCGCAGAAUAUGACGUCAGGGGAACAGGAUACAGAGCUGCAGUAGUUUCCGCAGACGAGCACCAUGUCGUCGCUCCUGGAAUGGACAAAUCCACCAGGGAGUGUCUUCAUGUAUUCCAUGCAAGAACUGGAGCUAGAUUGCACAGGAUCCCAAUAAAGAACAGUGGUAUCAAGGAUAUGCAGUCCAUCGUGGCGCUGCCCCAUAAGCCGCACUGGGUAGCUGUGAUUGGCAAUGAUAAGGCAGGAAUAUUGGACAUCAAGAGCAAAAGGCAUGUUAGAUUUGUACCUCGCUGGAACGGCGCCUGCACUAGGGACGGUAAGACCGGCCUCUGCGCACCUUCUCGUGGAGGUCUGGAACUCAUCGAGCUGAAGAGAGGUACCUCCGUCCAGCAGCUGAUCUUCAGGGCCGCUGAAGGAGUCUUCUCCAUCAUCACCAUGUUCAGCUCUAAUGAUCAGUAUGUUUUCUACUAUCACAGUGGACGGAAGACUUUGAGAGUUUUCAGGACUAUAGACGGACGAGCUAUAGCAGAAUAUCGGGCGCCUGCAGAAGUGACUGGAGUGGCGAGCGCCCAUGCCGGCAAAGCGGUAGCGAUCGCUUCUCAGGACGGCUGCCUUACUAUACUUAAUAUCGUAGAUCCUUUUGAGUAGAUCAGUAGAAUGUUAGAAAGUACACUCAGCCUCUAAUUAAUGUAUAUGCGAUGGAGAUCAAAUGUAUGAAUUACAAAAUAAUAUGGAUAGUGUUGUUAACGUAUUGAUACAUUCAUUUAGGGCUGACUUUACGUAGAUCUUGGUAGAUGUUUUGAAAUGUUUAUUUUCAUAAAACUAUUAUUAAUAAACGUAUAGGAACGAAAUGCCUAUCAGAGCUUGUUACUAAACAUAACUAGACAAAAACUUAGGAAUAUAUGCUGUUUUUGUCACAAAUAUUUAUCUAGUCGAAUAAUUCAGAGUAUAAGAGAUUUAGAUAUCAAAAGCUAAGAAUCAUGAGUAGUCUUUAGCUAUGCUAAUUCUUACGUUUUGUGUUACUUAAUAGAAAAAUUAAUAACAUAUUCCUUAUAUUGAAAUAAAACUAAAAACUA